AUGACUAGUAAAGCGUUAAGUAAGUUUAAAAAUAAAUUUUUUAAUUUUAAAUUUAAUUAUCAUGAGAUUAAGAGAUGUUGUUCACAAUUACAAUAUGCAAAACCAAAAAAGCCAGUUCAUUCACCAGUUAUGGUGAAUGAGGUGCUCAAAUACAUGAAUUUGUCACAUGGGGAAACAAUUGUCGAUAUGACAUUCGGUUCUGGUGGACAUUCAAGAAAAAUUCUCGAAACUGUACCAAAUGUUAAAAUAUACGCACUAGAUCGUGAUCCUUUGGCUUAUGAAUUUGCACAAGAUUUAGCACUUGAAUAUCCAGGACAGGUGAUUCCACUUUUAGGCAAAUUUUCCGAAUUGCCUGAAUUAUUGAAAGAAAAAAAUGUUGUUGGCAAUACAAUCGAUGGAUUUCUCUUUGAUUUUGGUUGUUCAUCAAUGCAAUUUGAUACUAAAAUGAGGGGAUUUUCUAUUUCGCGAAAUGGUCCACUGGAUAUGAGAAUGGAUGGUAAUCGAUUUCCAAAUCAACCAACUGUUGCUGAUGUCAUUGCAAAGGCGAGUGAAGAAGAUUUGGCGCGAAUUAUUAAAAUUUAUGGCGAGGAGAAGCAGGCGAAAAAAAUUGCUCGUGUUCUUGUUGAAUCACGAUUUACAUUGAAGAGACUUGAAACAACAUGUGAAUUGGCAGAGCUCGUUGAAUCAGUUUUAAAUGAAGGAAAUGACACUGAUAUGAUUGGUCGACCACAGCAUUCUGCAACGAAAACGUUUCAAGCUUUUAGAAUUUUCGUUAAUAAUGAAUUAAAUGAAAUUAAUUAUGGACUAUUUAUUGCUCAGGCUUAUUUAAAAAUUGGUGGUCGUUUAAUAACUAUUUCAUUUCAUUCGCUCGAAGAUUUAAUUGUUAAGCGACAUAUUUCCGGUAAUUUAAUGGGUUCUCAGAUAAAUGAAUUACCAUUAAAAUUUAGUAAUUAUAACACAUGUUUCUCAGAAAGUGAACUUAACGAAUAUUCUAAAUCAAAUUGGCAUAUGUUGCAUCCACAUGUUUUAGUACCAGAACCUGAUGAGGUUGAGAGUAAUCCACGUAGUAGAUCAGCGAGAUUUAGAUCAAUUGUUAAAGUUAGUUAACAUAAUUUUCUAAAUUGAAUUUCUGAAAUUUAUUUAACGAUUGACGACUUUAAAAAUUUAGGUUAAAAUAAUUUGUUAUUAAAUGAUUAAUAAAACAAUAGAUUAUUAUGUAGAGAAAUAAUAUUCUUUAUAACAGUAAUAAAAAAUACAAAAUGCAACAA